GACAGUUUUCAGAGCAUUUGGGCGAAUUCCAUUGGUAAAAUUGGAAACAAAGCUACACGCUUUUUAUACGGACAACUCCCUCUUUCUGUCUCCGUUCACUGUAUUGUUCAGUCGUUGCUGAGCUCCGCUGAACCCUAGCCCUCGCUUUCAUCCUCCCUCCCGUGAGUUCACCAGUCCUAGGCGUCUCCCGUUCGCCCCGCCUCCGGUGCUGGAGUCGGCGGCGCCGUGAUAUAAGUGAUGGAGACCCACCUGAAGAAGUCGCCGCUGAGGAUUCGGCUCCGAGUGACGGCGAGGAAGAAAGGGUGGAAGUUGCUCGAAGGCAAGGGCUCCGGACAGAAGCGCUCGCGGCAGGAAUGCAUCAACACGGUGAGGAAGCUCCAGCGAAGGGAGAUCGGUGGCACCCCCCAGUUGUGCCGUGGCAGCGCUGCCGUGACGCCCGAGAAGUUCCGAAACAUCCAGCUCCAGGAAGAGUUUGAUACGUAUGAUCCUAAUAUCCACUGGUUUCUGAAAUUGCAAUUUCUGAAGAAGAGGUCCAAGAUUAUCGAGAUUGUUGCUGCAAAUGAUCUUAUAUUUGCUCUCGCACAGUCUGGUCUUUGUGCUGCUUUUAGUAGAACAACAAACAAGCGGAUAUGCUUCUUGAACAUAAGCCCUGAUGAAGUUAUCAGGAGCUUAUUUUAUAAUAAGAACAAUGAAUCUCUCAUCACCGUGUCAGUUUAUGCAUCGGAUCAUUUCAGCUCUUUGAAAUGCAGGACAACUUCAAUAGAAUAUAUCAGGAGAAACCAAUUGGAUGCUGGGUAUCCUCUUUUUGAAACUGAAUCCUUAAAAUGGCCAGGUUUUGUAGAAUUCGAUGAUGUAAAUGGUAAAGUGCUGACCUACUCAGCCCAGGAUGGCAUUUACAAGGUUUUUGACCUGAAAAACUACUCCUUUCUCUACUCAAUAUGUGACAAGGAGAUCCAGGAAAUUAAAAUAAGUUCUGGCAGCCCUGGGAUCAUGUUGCUAAUUUACCAAAGAACUGUUAGUCAUGUACCACUGACAAUACUCUCAAUCGAAGACGGAAAAGUUUUGAAAUCUUUUAAUCACUUGCUGCAUCGCAACAAAAAGGUUGACUUCAUAGAACAGUUCAACGAGAAACUUCUAGUCAAGCAAGAAAAUGAGAACCUACAGAUUCUCGAUGUGAGGAAUACAGAUCUCAUUGAAGUUAGCAAGAAUGAGUUCAUGACCCCUUCUGCAUUCAUUUUCCUUUACGAGAACCACCUUUUCUUGACGUUCAGAGACAGGACUGUGUCAGUCUGGAAUUUUCGCGGGGAGCUUGUCACUUCGUUUGAGGACCAUCAACUGUGGCAUCUGGACUGUAAUACCAACAACAUUUACAUUACUAGUGAUCAAAACCUAAUAAUCUCCUACUGCAAAGCUGAAGACGGGUGUGACAAGCAGGGAGUAUCUCCUGUUGGCUCCAUCAAUAUGAGCAACAUCCUCACUGGCAAAUGCAUAGCCAAGAUAUGCCCACUCGAUCCCACACUCCAGGCCGCUUCUCGAAAGCGCAAGGAUACCAACUGCUCUACAAUCAGAAGCACCAUCAGGGAGGCUCUUGAAGAUGUCACUGCCCUCUUCUACGAUGAGGAGCGGAACGAGAUCUACACUGGCAACAAGCAAGGUUUGAUCCAUGUCUGGUCUAACUAGAUAGAAUGACCUUCUCUAUGCUUGUUUAUAGUGUGGGUCUGUUCGAUUGAGAGACGAGACCUACCUGCAUGUCGUGUUCUAUCAUAACUGUAAUAGUAUUGUAUCUUCGGAGAUAGGCUUAAUAUCCCAUCAAAAUGAUCCCUAAGUGAAAAUAAUAUACUUGCGGUUUUCCAA